GCGCGAAUUAUCCUAGGAUGAACUAGUGGAUCCUAUUAUCGCACGUGAUCUCGCGAGUUAAAUUCGAAAGUUAAACAUCCAGACUUCCCAAUGAACAUUACCGCGCCGCCAACGAUCGACAGAAUGGCUAACAUCUACAACAACUCCGUAGUGCGAUACUGGCAAUUUCUAUUCCACGACUUAUCUGAUCCUCGAACUAGAGAUUGGUUUCUCAUAUCGUCGCCUGUACCCGGUCUUAGUCUCUUGAUCGGCUACCUCUAUUUCGUACUGUCAUGGGGCCCGAGAAACAUGCAACAUCGAAAGCCGUACCAAUUAAAAAACACUCUAGUCGUUUAUAACUUUUUACAGGUUCUUCUUAGCACGUGGCUGUUUAAGGAAGGCAUGGAAGCUAUUUUUUUUAAUAAUUACAGCUUCACAUGCGAAUCGGUGGAUUUUUCGUACGCUCCGUAUCCUCUAAGAGUCGCAAGAGGGGUUUACAUUUAUUUUCUGGCGAAACUCACAGAGCUCCUCGACACGGUGUUCUUCGUAUUGCGCAAGAAGGAAAAGCAAAUUACCUUUCUUCAUAUGUACCAUCAUACCGUGAUGCCGAUGAUAUCGUGGGGCGCUACAAAGUAUUAUCCCGGUGGUCACGGUAUCCUUGUAGGAAUUAUAAAUAGCUUUGUACAUAUCAUCAUGUACACUUAUUAUCUCCUGGCAGCAUUGCUACCUCACCAUCAGCAUAAACGGUAUCUCUGGUGGAAGAGAUAUAUUACCACCCUACAAAUGGGCCAAUUCUGUUUAGCCUUUCUACACAAUUGCCUAUUGUUGUUCUACGACUGCGAUUAUCCGAAAUGGUCAGUCAUUUUGGUGCUGCCGAAUGCGAUGUUCUUCUAUUUCCUGUUCUCGGACUUUUACAAUAAUGCGUAUACUUCCAAGAAGGAAAACGACGGCGCAGCACCGUCGAUUCAGAACUCGACUAAAGCGAACGGCGUCGCGGAGAAAGUGAGCAGCCACAAGAUAUCAAACGGAAAAGGGAAAAGCGACUAAACGGGUACAGCCAAGGAAAGAGACGAUGCGGUUGCAAUGAGACGAUUACUACCAUUUCACGCGAAAAUCGCACUGAAGUCUCUAUCCAGCUAAUCUAGCUGACAUAUUAUAGCUACAGAAUGUUUCACGCUGAAACGUACAACGCGUGUAAAACCGUGUAACAACGUAAACCAAAACGCAGAGAUGAUCAGACAUUAGGGCAAAUUAAACACAUCUGACUUUUCGACGAUUGACUUUUCAAGUCCUUUGUACAAAUAAAAAGUGACCCAUUUGUUACGUUUCUUCUUGUACGACGACAAAGUGUACGCUAUGUAUAUCGAACAACUAAAUCUUAUCACCAAACAUAAUCGGACACAAUUAGCACGUAGAAUACCUAGAACGUCGCAGUUUACGCAUGUGUUUUAAGUGAAGAAAUAAUGAAAAGAUUAUUGCAUUUUGUUUUUGUGUGUAUUUAUGUUAUUUAUACGCUGAUGCUUUCGAAUGAUACGGAAUAUCUUGCAGCUUAUUGACAAAGUUUGAUCACGGUUAAAAGUUUACGCAAUUUCGAAAUCGCGGAUUUAUUAAAACUUUUUAAAAGUAAGAAUAAAUGAUCUGCUCUGCGUUUUCGAAAUGCAUCAAACAUUUUAUCUCCAAUGGCGAAUCUUAUAUCAACAAAUUGCAAAUAAUUAAUGUCAUAACAUUUUUAUUAUAUAAGAUUGUUAUAUAAAAUUAUUAUAUAAGAUCAUUUUCUGGGAUAAAAUCGUAUUGGUCUCAUUUAUCACUUUUACCACAAUAUUGAGAAGUUCCAUUUCGGAAAAUCAAUUAAUUUGUCAUAGAAUGCAGAAUUGUAGAGGAUGCAAACCAAAAAAUAUUCACUUAAAACAUCACAACUGUAAAAAUCUCCGUUUCUAAAAGACUGUCGACGCCAAUUUAAUAACUUCACAGCCAUAGACAUAGUAAAUAUACAGGGUGUCGGAUUCGAUUUGGACGACUCCAAAGAU